AUGGCGGAUGCUCUCUGCGGGCCUUCGAACCCGCUACAGACGUUGCAAAAACAUACACAGGCCGAUCGAACGCUGCAGCAAGACCGUCUUGUCGGAAACAGACAGUCGCCUGGACAGGGCUUCCGCACCGCCGACCCUCGAGCCGGCGCCCUAGACGCAGACUUCCACGCCUUCGAGACCUCUGCACCGCACCCGUUCCAGUUCCAGCAACCCGAGCUGUUCCAUCCUCAGAACCAUGCCCCAUCUGCUCCAGCAGGGUGGGCCGCCGAUUUCCAACGGCUCUCUAUAUCCCAACCGCAGCCUUUGCCCGCAGGACAGUUUCGCACCGAAGCGCCGCUGAUCAAGUCCACAACCUUUGGCGGAUGGCAACAUGAAUUCAUGCGACAGAGGUCGGGGUCAGGCACACCGGUUUCGCAGGGGAAGCAGGCAGUACGGGAUGUCCCACAGUUGACCAAUGCCGGCAUGUUUCAACAGUCGUCGAUGAUGGACUACUCCCAGCCCAUGUACCAGUCAUACUCUGGGGGUCUGCAGCAACAGCCGCAAAUGCCGCAGACGGCGAUGAUGUCUAUGGAGCAAAAGGUCCAAAUUUCCGACGUGGAUUUCGAAGCCGCCUUCGCGGACGCGUUCGCCCACGCUCAAGAGAUGGACCAACAACGCGCAUUACAAGUUGCUUCGGACCCGGAUGCCAUGAUCUCCGAGACGGAUAUACACCGACCCGACGAAACGGAGACUGUGCGGAUAGGCAGCGACGCCAUUCAUUACCGCGAGAAGGCAGACCGUACGGCAGAUCAAGACACGCGGGACGCUGAUGAACUAGCCCGCACCGCCGGGCAGCUUCUCACAAGCGUAUCACACGACAACAGCGAAAAGUUCCAGAACAGCCAGUUUCUGCAGCUGAUGCGGAAAAUCAGGGAUCGCGAGGUCGAGGUACAGGGGGACGAAUUGCAAGAAACCGGCAGGUCGACGUCAACACCGCUAUCAGCACAAGAGAAUCGACAAGCUGACAAAGGGACGACGAAUCAGCAGUCGUCGCAUUUUGAAUUCCCCGACAUGGACGCCGUGUAUGCGCCUACCAACACGAGCGACGCCUGGGCAGAGCCGGAAUUGGACCAGAACGCGCAGCACCGCUACGCUGGGUCGUGGGACUAUCCCCCCGCCAGCGCCCCCGAGUGGAAAGCUGCUCCAGACGUGACGGCGCACGACCCCCAGGUGCUCCAACGGUCGCCUUACACGACUUAUGGGUUCGAUGACGACCAGUACCCCGCCGCGCAACCGCAAUCGCAGUAUGAGGCGCUCCACCCGGGCGGGAAACUGUAUCCCGACCAGUCGCCGCGUCUCCAACGCGCAGCCGUGGACGCUGCAGUCGCUGGUGACGCUGAGAUGAGCGGAGCCGUCCCGCCUCCUGUCGACGGAGGUGCGCAAGACGGUGCUCCUCUGGACAAGCGCAUCUCGGCAAGCGACUUUGACUACCUGGAUUCGACCUGGUUCAACUUCCACCGAUAA